GUGUGUGAUUACUUGUGAAUUAGGGAAAAUAGUUUGCAAAAUUGUGAAAAUUUCACCAAAAAAUAAUUUGAAACGUGUGUGUUUCCUCUAUGGCACUAUGUGAAUAAGAAUUUCUAUUAGAAAUAAGUGAUUUUCUUCUGGGAAUGCAGAAAACAGGAUCGGAAAAUCUAUGAAGAAAAAUUGAUCUGUCUGGAAAAGUGUCUCCCCUUAGACUGUACGUGACCGUGUGAAAAAAAAAGUUCAUGAAACUGAUGCAAGUAAUACCGGGCAUCAAGUAGUUUUUCUAACGCAUUUAACAGUGAAUAGUCCGACUAAAAGGAUAAAAACGAGAUUUCGAUCAACCCCGGUUGUGCAAUAAGUUGGUUAUAUGCCUCAGGCUACGUUUCGCCGCAGUUCCAUACAGCCCGAGGGUAUUAUCCCUCAGCAGCCCUAGAACAGCCCCAGGACAACCAAAAGUGCGAAUUGUCUUCGCCCCGCAAACUAUGGAUGAAUGCCAAAAUGAGAUUGAUUUCGAGGAACUAGAGAAAUUGUGCAGCGCAAAUUGUGACGACGCAGUUGCUUCUAGCAUGGGUCAAUCGGAAAGUAAGAAAUCAUCCAAAAAGGCGGCCGGCCUUGAAACCAAGGGCACGGCCAUGUCCUUUGGAUUCAAAAAGCACAAAGUACAUCAGUCGACCGCGGGUAGUAAACUACCCGUGGCGAUCGGCGAUGGUACGGGACCAGGUUCAGGAACCGGUACACUCAAGAAACCAACACAAACGACAACAGCUUCCAAUGGGAACCAUCUGUACGGAGGUCUGGAGACGGAGAAAGCGGUGGAAAGAGACAACGCAACAGUGAUCUCCAAUCCUGGAGUCGACGGCAUUUUUAGUGAUAAGAACGGUAAUAUGGAUCAAACAGAUGACGGCGCAACAAAAUCAACGGGCCGCUCAACACCGCGCCUACAACCACCCAAGAAGGACUCUCACGGCGCUCCAUAUCGCAACAAUCGGUUCGGUUUUCGCUCGACUAACGUGGUCCGACCUGCAUCGGCUGGUCUCCAGCCGAAAACAAUUACGAUCGAUUAUGACAAGCAACAUUCCAACAACAACAAUAAUAUUCACACCGCAAAUAAUAACAACGUCUAUAUCACGGACAAACGCCGCUCGAAGAGUGCAUCAGCGGCAGCAGCUUCACGCACAACAUUCACGCCGCUUCAACAGGCCCCCUCGCACGCCCAACAGGAACGAUCAUCGGCCUUACAACAUGCUGGCGGUUUCGGUGCACUUCACAAGCCGCAACCGAAAUAUCAAUCGGCACAUGGCGCGACCAAAAUAGCUUCGUCAGAAUCUGGCGCGCAACAAGUAAUGACGAAAUUCGAUCAACCAGAGCAUAAAAAUACUUCGCAUAAACUACCUUCCACCGGUGGCGCGACGGCGACGAGCGGAAGUGUCGAUGAGCAGCGAUCACAGUCAAGCGUAAAUAAUCCAAACGGUCGGCAGUGUGUCUUUACGAACGACUCCAAUCAACCGCAUCUUGUCACAGCUAAUGCAGUAGCAAAACAAGAACAGGCGUCAUCGGUUGCAAAGUUCACUCUUCACAGUUCGAGCCUUCCAAAGCCACAGUAUCCAGUGCCGAUUAGCCUGCCCUCGGCUGCUCCACACUAUGUUAUGGACCCCAAGGGUGCCAAGCAAGCAGCCAACGUUAGCCGCAAGGGAACCCUCACUCAGUAUCAGCGGGAAUUAUCCUCUGAUCGUAUGCUCGAUCCCGACCUCGAUCAAUCAAACUCUGAUGUGGACACAACGUCCAACAUUCGCAUACCUCGCCAACGCUACCGUAAUUUGGAAAUGGUCCUGAACGGUCGUCACAAGUUCGAGGUACGUGAUCUUGAAACGCUCACCGCUGAGCCGAUCGUGUCCCUUGCGCUCCCGAAGCUUCCAAGUGCUUUCAAUACAGUUGGCCAACAGCAGCAACCGGUCCCUCUUAGUGGUCUUGUUCGAUCAUCGGAACUUCAAAGACAAUUGAGCGACGACAUCGAUAUCAACGACAAUCGAUACGAAUCAGCGGAAAGCAUCGAUCCCCUUGAGGCUCUCGAACGGAAGAACUCAAUUGUUUCAUCCGAUGUGGAAAGUUUCGAGGAGGAAAAGCUGGCACGCGACAACAACUCGUCGGAGAAAAGUCUUAAAGGAGCGCUAAUUAAAGACUUGGCUCAGUCUCAGUAUAGCAAGACCUCGUCGCCGGGAAGCUCGAGGGCUUCAUGGUGCAACGCCGGAGAAACGAUGGCGAACAAAGAGUGCAGCAGUUUGAGCUUGAGCAGCAGUGAUGAGGGCAAUGGUAGACGGGCAGCAGGCGUGGCUAAAUCCGCGGGUGAGGAAGAGGACAUCAGCACGGUUACCGUAACCGCCGGUAAUCCAUCAUUGCUGUCAUCCUUUUCUGCGGCAGUUCCCAUGGACAUCUCUACCAACUUGGACAGUGUUUCCGAGGUGCCGAACAGCUUCAACGACAACACUCUUUCCGAUCAACCCGACAGCAACAAAAUUUUCCGCUCGGAGGAGUUCAAAUUCGCCGAAAUUGCCGCCGCUGUCGGUGAUGCCAUUCUGCUCGAUGACGAAACCUCUCCCACGGAUAGCUUGGUGAGCAGUUGCACCGAAUCGGAUGAUGCUCGCAAGCAGCGCAAGAAAACCGCCGAAGGCAAACAGGAACGGGAGAAGGAAAAGGACAUCGACGAGAUCUCCCCAGAACUGGAGGAACUUGCCAGUCCCGUCACACCGGGCACUCCAACGCAUGCCUCCAACUCGCUGUCCCUUUCCGAUGGGGGGAGGGAUUUUCUGAUCGAUGAUGAAAUCGCCGAUCAACCAGCACUGGUGUUUGAUGAGCCGGCUCUCAACGAUAGCAGUAUUAUUGACCUGGGGUCGAUACAUUUGAACAUCAACGAAGACACAUCCACUCUGAGGGAUUCCAUUUCUUCGCUGAACAACAACAGUAACUUCAAUAGGUCGGUCUCAAAAAGCGGUGCACCGGUGCCAAAGCCUAGAAAAAUCAUGGCCGAAACAUACGAAUCACCGGCAUCAAUCCGGAAGAACAGAACCCGCUUGAGCCGUGCUGAAUCGCUGGACACUCUAUCGCCAUGUGACUCCAUCGGAUCGGAUGACUUCAUGCUGGACUUCAACAGCAGCAUGGAUUCCAUUGAUAGACCGCCCCGUUCGAAUGUGAGUGGAAGCGCUUCGGCGUUACACUCCAUGGAUGAGCUGCAGCUUUGGUCGGAGCUGGAGAACAAAGGCGGUCAGCUUAUGCACGAAUGGAGCAAGCUUUUGCGCUCGCAGCGCAACAGCAUCAGCAACAACAACACCAGCCGGGAGAGCAUAACAUCUCAACUCCCAGCCCGAGCGACCCGACUGCUGACACGCCGUCUCCAGAACAAUGCCACCCCCACCAACUGUGGCACCGGUGGUUCGGACAGUCCCCGCUCGAUGGAUAGCCUCCCGCGACGAACGGCCCUAUCCGCGGCGUACAAAACAGCUACACUGAAUCAGUUCAACAACAACAACAACGCGGACUCUGCUUCAACGGCCACCAACUCGGCCGAAGAUCUCACACUACUGGACAAGUCGCUGCGCAACUCAAUGCUCCAGGACGUGGUACACUUCAAGAAGCAGCUGGUCCGGCUGCGUCGGAUUCUACAGGAAGAUGAAGAAAAUUUGAUGAUGACUGAUACUCUCAACCCAUUUGAGAAUAAUAAUGGGCAAUUCUUCACUACUGCUACUACAACAACCACUUCGACGGCGAGCUUGGCGGGGGUCAACGGGGAGCUGGGAGCCACCAGCGUGGUCGACAGCAAGCAACAGGAGAACACGCUGAUCAAGGAAUCGGGCGUGGUGGCACUGGCACUUCUGGAAGAUCAGCGACAGGAGCUGGCGGAUCUCAGAAGACAGGUGGUUUACCUUCAGGGCGAAAUCACGGCCAAGGACCGCACCAUCCGACAGCAGCAAAACCUGAUCGAAAAGUACGAAGCCGAACGGGAGAAGCUACAGGCCGGCUUGCCGGUUUCCGCCAAUGGAACCGCUGGGAACGGUACCGAGGACAAGUCUAACGACACAACCAGCACCGCCACACAGACUGAGAGACUGCGGCCAUUAUCGUUUGGCGGACAGGAUGGAUUAGCGAGUCGAAGUGAACCGCCUUCGCCUCUACAAGCGCCUACGUUCAGGAACGGCCUCCGAUCUUCAGUAGUUGCCGGCAGCAGUCACCACCAUCACCCCGCUAAUGGCAGCAAUAACCACAGCACUACAUCAUCAUCGGCACUCAUCAGCCGUGGAACGGUGAAGCACAAGCCAAAAACUCAAAUCUCAUCCGUGUACACACAGCUCUCAUCGAUCAAACACUCCAAUCACCACCAGCAUCAUCAUCAUCAUCACGGCAUGGGUCAAAAGCGGUCUUCCCUCGGUUCUACUGGUAAUCUGAACCACAUUGCAUCGGAAUCUCCAUCCCCAUCGUCCACGGCCGCCCCCGCCACCACAGCUGCAAACGGUUCCACCAUGAAAACCGUUCGUACCACCCUCAUCGGAAACGUGCUGACCUCCAGUAAACUCAAUCUUAACAGCAGCAGCGUCUCAUCGCCUCCUCCGUCGCCGCCAGCCAAUAAUGGUACAAAAUUGCUCAAAAACUCAGUCCGCACCCAAAUAAACGGUGGAAACGGUCUCAUCAAUUCCACCAAGCUGAACACCGCCACCUCACCGUCCAACAAGCGAACGUCCGCCAUCAAACCACCCUCUUCUUUCGCAACGAGCACCUUCCCAGCGGCGGACUCGCCUAUCGCGCACAAAUCCAAAUCGGCUCCGGUCACUCCGAUGGCUGAACGUGUCCCAGCAAUGCCUUCCACGCCAUCUUCGCCCCUGGCAAGGACACCCAACGUUCAAAUAGUUAUCGAAACCGCUGAAGCAGAGAAGGAGGUCCCAAUCCCCCUCCAGGAUACCGAUAAAGUAAACGACAGCAACAACAAUAGCAACAUCAGCAGCAAAGGCAAUGGAAAGCAUGAUGACGAUGAUGAUAAAGAGCAAAUCGCCGAAACGGAAAAGGAAGCUAUCAACAAUAAGAUCAAUAGUCUUAAACUAGCAAACGGAUUGACUGGAUGUAAUGAUAGUAGCUGUAAGGAAAGUAGUUUAGUUAUCUAGUUUCCUAAGAGAAUCAUUAUUUAUAUAUUUAAAUAAAACUAUUGAACAAACAAAUUUGAAACAAAACUAUAAAUGAAUGUGAUCCAAUAACCUUUAAAUUAUGGAACAAAUAUCUACUCAAAGACAGCGCUCAUAAUCACACUCUGAUAGCCAGCAAGCAAAACAUUAAUCAACAAGUUUACUAUUGAAAUUCGUCGCAGGCUUCACACGCGAAGUAAAACCAAAAUAUAUACUCAAAACCGCUUUUUCGGAUCAAUAAACCAAAUAACCUGUCCAUUUUACUCCAGAUCAGAAAUCAGAAUAUAACCCUUUUGAGCCAACAUGUAUUACACAAAAUGCUGUAGAAUAGACCCAAGUGAGGUUUUUUUUUCAUAUGAGCGCUUUUAUAUUUGUAGAGAAAGUGAUCUUUUUUUAUUUUUUAGAAACAGGUGCUGAGAAGAUGCUAGGAAAAAACUGAAACCCCAAUCUGUUGAAUUUUUCCUCCGAACCUUCAGAAAAUUAUUUUGUGCAAUCUUUAUAUCCAGAGUGUUUCGUUUUUCUUUUCGAACGAAUUGCUGAAUAGGUUUUAUUUUUUUUUAGAACGCUAGACCUAUAUAAUUAGCUGACAUUCCCAACACGUGGACGCCAGCAAUCGAAUAGCGAAUAUGAUUAUAUUAUUGCGAAGAAAAGAACAAAUUCUUUGUAUUUCCUUACACAACCGGCAUUAAAACGGAACUAUCUAUCCGAAAUCAAAAUACCAAUAAUUCAAACAAUAAGUAUUACGAUAUCAAAAAGGAUUUUGGUAUGUCUAAAAGUAAAUCAUUCGGAAUCGGUUCUAAACGGAUGUAAAACAAAUGAAAUGACAAUUGUUAAAAGCGUAUUCAAUGCCAAAUUUGUUCUCUGAAUUCUGAUUCCCGUAAACAAACCGGACAUUUAUAAUCCGUUCGAAUUCCCGUGUUGUAAUGGAAUGAAAUAUAAUUACACAAUUUUCCGAAAAAUUAGAACAAAUAACUGAACGAAGCCAGGCAUAAAUUUUGAAGGAUACUUACUAACAAAAAGACAGUCAUUUGGAAACUCGAAAUGUAAUAUGUUCAGUACUGUGAAUUUAUUGGUAAAAUAUAUAUUUCAAAAACA